GAACUUGCUUCUCGAUCUGAAGACAUGGCUUUUAUUACUACGCGCCAUGGUGGACAUUUAGGAUUCUUAGAAGGUGGCUCAUUCUCACCGCAUUCGGUCACUUGGCUUGAUCGUUUUAUAGUGGAAAUGGCUGAUAGAGCCAUUGAAACCUAUUGA